UGCUCACGCAGCUCUUGUGGCUCGCGCGGCUCGCUCAGCUCGCGCCGCUCACGCUGCCUGCACGGCUUGAUUGUGCUGCUCGCGUGGCGCGCUCGCACUCGCUCGGCUCGCUUGCACGACUUCAGCACGCUCGUGCUUGUGUGAUUUGCUGGCCUCCCAGGGGUUUUGAUGACCCUAUGCUGGUUGGAUUUGGUGGUGUAGCUGUGCCACUUCUUGUACGUGAGAUCGGUGAAGGAGAGGGAAAACCCUAGAGAGAGAAAGCAGUAGCGACAGAGGAUGAUUUUGGGAUGAUCUUGUGGGUUGCUGUAGCGACAAAGUGCAAUAGCACUCAUCGGGAUGAUUUCGGGAUGAUUUUGUACGGUUAGAAUUUGCUUUAAAGUUGCUGAUUUGGCUGAUUUAUUUGUUUGAGACGUGUGAUGAAGCAAGUUGCUGCUUGGGUAUAGUGCAGUUAUUUAUUUGAUGAUUUGAAAGUUGUGUGGUAGCUUCUAUCAUUCUAUUUGGUAGUGGUAAUAUUGGGUUAUUGAAUUAUUGAGGCUGAGUUGUCUAACGGAAGCUAAGGUCAGAGUUUGCUUAUUUUUAUUUGGAAAAUGGGCGAUCCCUCGAAGGGUGCAAUUGAUGGAGAUAAUGAGAAGAGUAAUACUGUGAUGAGUGAGGUGAUUUCCUCUUCAUCUAAUCGAAUUACUGAUAAGAAGCUCGCAGGUAGUGCUAACUUCUAUCAAUGGAAGAAAAUCGUGAAGCUUACUUUGACAGGUAGAAAUCAACAUAGACACUUAACUGAGUUUAAGCCCAGAGAUGAUGUAACUUGGGAUGGUGUUGAUGCACGCAUUCUUAGUCAAAUGUUGAAUUCUAUGGAGAGUAAUAUAGUUGACAUGGUAACUCAUGUUGAUACAGUCAGAGAACUAUGGGAGUAUUUGAAUGUGCUGUAUUCUGGCCAAGAUAAUUUGUCACGGAUUUAUGAGUUAUCGCAGGAGUUUUAUCGAUUUGAAAGAAAGGGGCGCUCUAUUACUCAAUGCUUUGCAGACUUUAAGAGAUUGUAUGAGGAGUUGAAUGCUGUUCUCCCUAUUUCAGCUGAUGUUCAACAAAUGCAACGUCAAAUGGAACAAUUGGCUGUAAUGGGAUUCUUAGGAUGUCUUGGUUCUGAGUGUGAAAAUGUUAGGUCUCAGAUUCUUGGAGGAGAGAAUAUAGCAUCACUCACAGAUACAUUUGCUCGAGUUCUUCGAGUAUCUCGUGAGUCCUCUCAGGAUACAUCAUGUAUGGUGGGGAGUUCAGCCCUUGUGUCCCAGACUCGAACUGGUAGUGGUAAUAGGAGUGAUGGAGGAACCCGUGGCGGGUAUAUUGGGCGUGCUGUCCGAGGAGGAGGCCGAGGCAUUGGAAUAGGGAGAGGUCAAGGUAAUCAGCAUCCUUAUGGACAAUUCCAUAUAUCUACUGAUAAUUCGGGAACUACCCGAGUUUGUCAUUACUGUGGCAAACCUGGUCAUAUUCAAAAAAUUUGCUACAAGCUACAUGGAAGACCAGGGUAGCAGCACCAGUUUGCUAAUACGGCGUCUAAUAUUGACUCUACUCCACAGUCAUCUAAAGACAAGGUGGUGGUUAUGUCUGGUGAGGAAUAUGCUCGGUACACACAGUCUCAAAUCUCACAGCCUGUUUCUUCCACUGCUACUUUGGCUUAGACAGGAUCUGGCUACGAAGAAGACGAUUGGUAGAGGACGUGAGGAAGGGGGGCUAUAUAUACUU